AUGGUGCAGGGGAGGAGGAUUGCCCCAAGUGAACGAGUUGCCCUCCCUCUCCCCGCACACCUCGUUCGACUUGAUCUAUCUCUAUUUUUCAGCAUUCUCAAUAAGAUAAUGUCUUCUCAUAUAUCUGAGUUUGAUUCUGGACUGGUUCGCCUUGAUGCCCACGAGCUUGAUGGCGGUCAUGCUUCUGCUGACCGUUCAAUUUCUCCUCAUGCUGACCGUGUCUCUGAAUCUAACCUAGUAUAUUUCCCCGAUAAUGGCUCUUCCAAUACUUCUGCUUUUUUUGUUAAGCAUAUCGCUAUAUGCACCUGUGACGCACCAUCUGCACACUCGUUGCCUAUCUCUGAUAUCUCAAACCUGCAUUCGCCUAAUAACCCUCCUCCGGGAGUCAUUGGCUCUGGAAAUAUCCUUCAAGGCCCGCUCUCCGCUUUACCCCACACAUCAACCUCAGUUCCUGUCAAUGUCCCUGGUAGUUUGCUUCCCGCUGUGGGCGAAGAUGACAUCGCUGCUGAACGCGUCCUUCCCGGGAUUCUGCCAACUCGCUCGGAUGAUUUACGCUCGCGGUUCUAUCGUAACUUGUUCUCAUCACCCGAACCUAGUCGCGGACACCCAACCUUGGUCCGGACCAACGUCGCUUCUGGUCGACGUAUUUUCUCUAUUCCAAUCCCAACGUUCGACAUUGCGCCUACAAUUGAACUUCCCUCUUCUAGGGAAACCUCUCACAACUCUAUCUGCAGUCUGCACCAAAGUUCUGACGCGGAGCUUAGUCAAGUUCUACAUAACGGUGAUAGCCCCCCGUCACCCGUCGUUGAGGCUGGAUCGAACCACCAUAACUCACCUAAUUUGGGUCCGGUGACCUACGUGAGCCCAGGUAAGGUCCAUUGCCCUAGGCCGGUUGCUUGUAGUACACCAAGCUCGCUUUCUGGUGUCUUCAGCUAUCACGAUUUGAACUUUCCCAAUCCCUUCAACACAAGUAUUUCUCCAGCUUUCGGGAUCGGGGCGGGAUCUAUCAACGAAUCACAGUACGGAACCCUACCUCCUGCUACCUCUACACCUAUCUUGAGCUCUAACGAGGCGACUCGUCUCACCAAUAACAAUGCGAAUACGCAGGAUCUAGACGACACGAGCGUGAUGGGAUACCACCUCUACUUCGCUAGUCCCUCGGAAUGCUCUCAUGUUCCCUUGCUACCCUCCAUCAUGUCCCCUUCUUUAAACUCUAGAGAGAACCAGUUUUCCUCCAGCUCUCAUCCACCGCUGCGGCAAAUCGGACGCACUGAUGGGGCCGACAAUUUGACGCCUACCGAUCCCUCGCCCUCCUAUGACUAUCCCUCAUCCCUCCAAGAAGACAGUUCUGGCCCAGUCCGGAACCUUGGCGUGUUGCAUAGUCAGAGCAGGGCCUGGAGCUAUUCAUAUGGUGAAAGUCAUGGUGAUGAAAGCGAGAUCGGACUGGUAGGUAAUCGUUCAGAGGAGUCCAUGUUUGGUCCAGCUAUUCAUCCAGGGUCGUCCCAAGGCCCCCUUUACCUCAAUGAAGACGAAUCAGCUCAUGUUCACCUUCGGCCCUUUGUGAGCGCCCAAAUUCCUCACAACACCGGGGCUCAAAUCUAUUCCCCCAUGUUUCAUCUCGCGAAGCGUGAUGCCUGGGUUGACGGACCUUCGCCUCCCACACCGUCUCCUGAUCCACGUAUCCCGCACGUCCAUCCCGAAAACGUGUUACCUGAAUCCCAUUAUCCUGAAGGCCCCUAUAGCAUUGCCUUGUCCUCUCCUGCGCAAGUUCCUGGUCCAGUAAAGCCGCUGGUCGACGGAAACGAAGGGGAUGACGAGGACGAAAGCGAUAACGAAGACGAGUACGACCAAUACUUAUCUUCUGGCGAGGACGGUUCCGUGGUUCCCAAAUCUGCUGUUCAUAACCAUGUAGACGGGCCCGCAAACUACCAGAGUCGUGGACUUGGUCACCCUCUAGGUAAAGUAGCCCCCGUGGUACUUUCUGAGUCUGAAGGCUCUGCCCACCCCGACGACGACUUUGUUCGUCACUGCUGA